AUGCAGGCCAUAACUAAUAUCUACACCACGUGGCCCACGAGUGACGUCAUGCACAGUAAUGGAGCACGUGAAUAUCAUGUGACAUUCAAACGUCAGAGGAGAGAGAGACAAUUAGACAUCUCAGUCACUCUCUUGAACCAGAACAAGCAGCCACCCCUGAUAUUUUGUUGUGAGGGCCAUUUAAGUCGGGAUCUGCGGUGUGUGGCGUUGUUUUUGAUGGCGGAAGGCGACAAGCAGCCGAAUGUAGACAGUAUCAUACAGAGGUUACUGGAAGUCCGUGGCUCAAGGCCUGGCAAGAACGUCCAGUUGACGGAGGCUGAGAUACGCGGUCUCUGCCUCAAGUCUAGAGAGAUAUUCCUCAGUCAGCCCAUUCUCCUAGAGCUAGAGGCACCUCUCAAGAUAUGCGGAGAUAUCCACGGUCAGUACUAUGACCUCCUACGUCUGUUCGAGUAUGGAGGCUUCCCUCCGGAAUCCAACUACCUCUUCCUUGGAGACUACGUGGACAGAGGCAAACAGUCCCUUGAGACAAUUUGUCUGUUGCUAGCCUACAAGAUCAAGUACCCAGAGAACUUCUUUCUCCUUCGAGGGAACCACGAAUGUGCCUCUAUCAACAGAAUAUAUGGGUUCUAUGAUGAGUGCAAACGACGCUACAACAUCAGACUUUGGAAAGUGUUCACAGACUGUUUCAACUGCCUCCCUGUUGCAGCCAUUCUGGACGAGAAGAUCUUCUGUUGCCAUGGAGGUCUGUCUCCAGAUCUACAGUCUAUGGAACAGAUUCGUCGUAUCAUGAGACCCACUGAUGUUCCUGACCAAGGUCUGCUGUGUGACCUCCUGUGGGCUGACCCUGACAAGGAGACAAUGGGCUGGGGAGAAAACGACAGAGGAGUGUCCUUCACUUUCGGACCAGAGAUUGUGUCCAAGUUCCUAACCAAACAUGACCUGGACCUCAUAUGCCGAGCCCACCAGGUGGUGGAAGAUGGCUACGAGUUCUUUGCCAAGAGGCAGUUGGUCACUCUUUUUUCUGCUCCCAACUACUGUGGGGAGUUUGACAAUGCUGGCGCCAUGAUGAGUGUAGACGAGACACUCAUGUGCUCAUUCCAGAUCCUGAAACCAGCUCAGGAGAAGAGGAAAAUUUAUCCAUUUGGAGCAGGCGGGCAGGCUGGACGUCCUAACACCCCUCCCAAGGCCGGAAAUGGGAAGGGGAAAAAGAAAUAAGUUGUAUUGCCUAUUUCCCAUAGCAUAAUGAACUGUACAUACAUGUCAGUAAUGCACCAUCACACAUCCACUUCAGUAUGAGUUUAUACUUACAUUAGCUUGUAUAUACAUUGUUUUAUUUUGCUGUAGAGACACGUUUGGGGGCUUCCCAACACUCAUAUUAUAAUUUUUAUCAUGGUGUAUAUACAAUUCGUCCGAAAUAUAGUGGUGGUUAUUUUCCACCAAUGGUAAAGUGUUCUGCCUCCUCUUCACUGCUGUCUUUUUCAGCUGGCUUGGCCUCCUCCUUUUCCCCACCCUCACUCUCUAUUUUGGUCAUCUUUUGUGCCAGCUUCUGUCGCUGCUUUCUCCUCAACCUUUUGGCUCUCUUUUUGGCUGUUCUGGCAUCAUCCUCUGCUCUGUGCAUGGCCAUGGUCUCUUGGAAUUCCUCCUCCAACUCUUCCUCAUUUGCCUUGACUGCAAUGAAGUCCUGUCUGUCAUUCUCUCUCCGUCGCAAGUGUCGGUACACAUGAAAAACCUCACUGCCUGCGCCAGCACUCGAUCCCAUAUAGAAUCGCACAAAUUCUGGAGGUUCUUGAGGCUUUCUAUCUUUGGAGGGCUCGGGGAUGGGGACAGGUCUAUCCUAGAUAACAUUUCACUGACUUGGACGGCGGCAGCUACGCCUACAUACAAUGCAUUACCGGUUGCUCCAUCAACUUGUCAAGGUGUCGCUUGUGUUGGUCUCUCGUUGGGUUUUUGCUCGGCCUUCGUCUGGUCCUGUUGUCCUCGCUAUCCUCACCCUUUUCUUGCCGCCUGUUGCUCAACUCAUUUCCACCAUGACUGCGUCUCUCCUCACCCCCUUCCCGGCCUCUACCUCGACCAGCUCCACCGCCCCUCCCGCUUUCUCUUGGUCUCUCCUCCAUGCCUGUGGUGCGCGUCAAUUGGAGUAACACGACAUGAACGUGCAGGUGGCUUUUGGUGUAGGUGUCUUUGGAGCUGUCCUAGCUGCCAGUGUGUACGUGCUCUGGGGCCCUGAGAAGCUUCUAAGGCGGAGAGGUGGGUUCGAGUGUUGUUCCCUGUUCUUUUUCACGUCCUUCCGGCCAGGUAGAUGUGCAGGUCUC